AUGUUACAAUUACUGCUAUUGUUCCAUUUAUUGUUAUGGUACAGUGCAGUUGGACAUGUGGCGUUGACAUUCCCCUUAGUACGAUUUCCACCACUCGAUUUCUUGGAUUCAGCCCGAACAAUUAGUCCGUGUGGCGUACCUAAACCUCAUAAUCCGCAUUAUACUCAAUUAUACGUUGGUGAAUCAUACAAUUUUACAUGGCGACUACAAUAUCCGCAUCAGGGUGGAUAUCGCUUAUCUGUGAUAAAUGAAACUGGAGAUAUUGUGGAACAAUUAGCGCCCGUAAAAGGUAGCAACUACGUUGGCAUCGAUGAUCAAACGUUACAAUAUGCGACAGUUCAUCCUACACGUCCUUGUGCACCGUGCACAGUUUUGCUUGAACGUCAAGCCUUAGAGUGGGGCCAAGCAUAUGGAUUCCGAUCCUGUGCCGAUGUAAACAUUGUCCAAAAAGUUCAAGAAGAUGAUGAAAGAUGUUCAAAACAUGGUGAUUAUGAGAAUGGCAAGUGCAAAUGUCGCCAUUCGUAUUCAGGGGAAUUGUGUCAAUACAAAGACUAUUGCUCAACCGACGAAGAUUGCUUGAAUGAUGGCAAGUGUGUUAAAGAACCAAAUGCCAUGAUAAGAAGGACGUGUUAUUGCGCUUUCGGCUACUUUGGACAAAACUGUGAUCGAACAUUUGACGCCAAACCUGAAAGCGACAAAUGUUUCAAUUAUAACUAUCCAAAAGAUGAAAAUAAAUACAAUAAGUAUGGUCUUUUUGGAGAAGAAUGCUUCAAAAAAACUGUGCUGAAUGAGAAUGAUUUUGUUUAUUCACGAGUUGUUCGAGAUGAACUGGAGAUAAUUUUGGAUUAUAAGAGUAUGUCAUGGAUUUCAAUCGGUUGGCGGCCCAUGGAAAUCGAUCGUUCGUGUCGAUUAUUUCCUGAUUUGGAGAAUACUCGAUAUAAACGAAAUACCAGGUGGACACCGAUUUCACAUUCGACGACCCAAAUGAAUGAAUCUAAAUAUCGGGAUCCGAUCGAUGCAAACCUGAUGUCAAUACCAAUGCCUAAACUACCUAAAAAUAACGGAUUGUUGAGAACGGCACUUCUGGCAUCUCUUCAUCCCAUGGAUUGUACAGAUAUUGUGAUCGGUUCGGUACGGGAUGGCCGAUCGAGAAUCAACGACAUGUACACCAGAGAUCGCUCUACACCACUUCAUGAUAUAUGGCUUGAUGGUGAAGAAUCGUUUUCUGCGGCUUACGGUAUAGAACGUGAUGGUCGAACGAUAAUCAUGUUCAGAAGACGAAUUGCUGAGAUAGAACCAUCGGAUCAUCCACUUGGACCAGGUGAAAUUUUUGUCAUCUAUGCAAAGGGACAAGUAAUGGGGUCUUAUUCUCAUGCCGUCAAAUCAGCACUUGAUCAAGGUCCGGUGAGCGAUCACAAUUUCUACAGACAAGACGAGAUGAAAUAUCACGGAAACAGAAAUCGUGGAGUACAUCCAAUCGAAUUUGUCAGCAUUAAUGAACGGCCACCGAGUAUUCGACCUCCACCACAGUUUCCGCAGUCACAUCCAUCAUCUGUACAACAUCCAUUUUCUGAGAUGCACGAUCUUUCUACACAUUCUGCAGAAAUUUCACCUAUUUCGCUGUCAACAACAAUGAAAAGUGAAACAGCGUCAUCUUUUACUGUUGCUUUGCGAAGACCAUCUGUAACGAAACCUAAUUUGAGAUCUAAAGCGACAAUCAAGAACAAGCAAUCAAUGCAAUCGACGCCAAAACCUGAACCUGAACCAAAACUAAAUUCUCGAGAAAUCGAUUACUUAUAUUUUGACAAUGGAUCACUAACAUUAAGUUACAUUACUUGCAUUUUAUACAUACCAAUUUUCGAUCUGCGCUUCAUAAGUGCAAAUGGAAAAAAAGGAAAGAGUAUUAUAAAUGAAAGACAAAACGCACAAAAGGGAACAUUUGCUGAAAAUGAAAACGCGAAUGUGACACAUCUUCAAACAGGUGCAAAAGAUAACGCUAUGAAUGUACAUGUUUUGCGACGUCGCAAUUGUGAAUCCUCGGUUAGACAUUACUUAAACUGGGCGAAGAAAAUCGUUAUACAUGUUUGCGUUCAUGCGCAGAAAUCCUUAGAGUACAGAGCCAUAAAGAUUGUUUUCGGAAAUGAAGAUGACAACAAUCAUCUAAAUCCAAAACGAAACAGGGGAAAUAUCAUUGCUUUUCGAAAGGCUUCACAUCGACACUCCAGGGAGUAUGAGGAUGCUUUUAACGGUGACAAUAAACACACAAUUAAAGCUGGACGACGACGAAGAGAUCGUUCUGCUGAAACAAAUGAUAAUGUCGGCUUGAUUUUGCAAUCUAUCGAGAAAAGCACUAAAUAUUUAUCAAGAAGCGGAUAUAAUGAUGAUUACAAAGGUGGGAAUGGCAAUCGAUUCGGCACUUUGAAACUACUUGAUUCGAAUGUUUGGAAAAAGAAAGGAAAGCUAACAGGAGAAACAGAUUCACGACAAGAAUACGAUCAAAAAAAAGAGGAACGACAUUCAGUGUGUCGACUACAGAAUUCUAACAUCGUUCAAGGUGAUGGGAUUUUCAGUGGAGAGACUCAAACAAGGGCUGAAUUUACGCCAAGAAAAGGAGAACGCUAUGAAACUACGCGACCACAGACUUCUGGUUUAUGGAAGGAAAUUAAACAUUCGGAAGACAAGGCAGCAGUACAACACCACUACAAAACAAAACCUGAUUUAUAUUCAACGAUAAGACAUCAAGCCACUGACGCUCUCCCCAACAAUAAAAUAUCAGAAACCUAUGCAAGGACAGAGCAUAGUAAAAAAAAGGGCGAACAAAACGACGUCAAACAAUCUACUGAUUCAAAAAUAUGGAAGGGUAAUACAUCAGAAACGCAAAUUGGUGCUGAGUUUACUGCAAAGAAAGGUGAACGAUACGAAACGAAACGUCCUGUUGAAUCUGAUUUAUGGAAGAAGGAAGGACAGAUUAGUAGAGAUACAGUUUCUCAUCAAGAUUACACCGGUCGAACAGGAGAACGAUACGAAACGAAACGUCCUGUUGAAUCUGAUUUAUGGAAGCAUGAUGGAGAAUUAGAAACGAAGAGUGUCAGUCGGCGGGAUUUCAGCCCUAAAAAAGGGGAACGAUAUGCUGUCAAAAAAUCAUGCGAUACAGAUGUUUUGUUUAGUGAUGGUUCAUUCCGGGCCGAAACACAUUCGCAAAUUGAAUUCAUCGCCAAGAAAGGAGAUAAAUUUGAAACUAUUAAACCUAGCAGUUCGGAUAUUUGGAAGGACUAUUUUACAUCUGUGAUUUCUAGUAUUUCAUAUCAGGAACAGCAAAAACAAGAUGAAUCUUUCGUGGAAAUAAGGAAAAAAGGAUGCAGCCUAGCGUGUACGAAAAAUUUAAAAGCGACAUAUGAUAUGGCGGAACAGAGUGGAACAUGUACAGAAAAAUGGAGGACAGCAUAUACGGAAACAUUUUAUGAAGGAGUACCAGCAGAGGAUGUUCGACGCGUUAUUCAACACGAGGCUGAAAAAUUCAAACUCCCUGAAAGUUAUCUUGAAGGCCAAAGCAUCUAUCGCACAUCGUUCAAAAUGCCAAAAAGAUCCGCGAAGGAAGUUCAGAUGACAUCGACUAAAUUGAAAGAAUUAACGCUUUGGCAAAACAAUCAAAUGAAAAUAGAAUCCCAAUAUAACACUGAUUUUGUGCCGAAACUGAAACUAUGCCCAGCUAUUGAAUUGAUUAAAUCGAUCGCUAAAAAUCAUUCUUCAACAGAACAUUUCGAAUUCCACCGUAUCCUUGGAGGGCACCAUUUCUAUGAACCAAAAGCAACUGACAAUAUGCAUGCAGAAGGAGGAUCUUGA